AUGGCCGAAGUCAUCGAGGCCUUGGGCCAAGAGAAAGGAACAGAGCUCGUCCACUCCGAGCAACUUCUGAAGGCUGCGAUCGAAGCCGAGGCGGAGGCAGGUCGCCGUCAGGGGAAGGUAUUUAGAGGUGUAGCUGUAGCUGUGGAAGUUUUCGAGAGCAGCUUCACCGUUGAUGGUUCAGAUUUCUACGACUACAUGGCGUCCAGUCAGGCCCUGGGUGCCAAUGUCGUUGGCAUAUGCGGGCAUCCCGGCUUCAACAGCCUCCUAAGUAGCAAGUCUUCAGAGUUCUCCUUCGCAGUAGUUCCAUGCUUGUCGUCGCCGGCCGUCGGAGCGAUGCAGCUCCAGAUCCCAGGUGAAGAACACUUGGUGCCCGUGUCCGCCUGCGGCGAUGCCAUGACGAAGCAGGAGGAGAAGACGGGCACCAUCCGCUUCCUUGGCACCACGAGCUUCUCCGAGGGGGAGUGGGUCGGGCUGGAGCUGGAGGACGACGGCGGAAAGAACGACGGCGAAGUGAGGGGCCAGCGCUAUUUCACCUGCCCGCCCCAGCGUGGCUUGUUCAUGAGGCCAACGAUGGUGAAGCUGCCAGCGCCGGCACCGACGGAAGAGGGUCAAGACGGAGAAGUCAGCCUGAGAUUGCAGCUUGCAGAGGCGGUGGAGGAGAACAACGUGGGGGCCAUUGAGGGGCUGCUUUGGAAAGCCGAAGCCGAGGGCGUCCCUCAGGAGGAGAUCGAUUUGGCUCAGAGGCGCCUGGCAUAUUUGCAAACGUCCGAAAUUGUCGUGGAAGACUCGGACUCGGCUGAGGAAGAGCCGCCGAAGCCGAAGCCGCAGCUCAUCGACCUGCUCGGGGGCGAGGAGGAGGUGAAGAAACACCAGGCAGCGUCGCGGACUUUGCAGCAGAAAGUCGUACAGAUGGUCAAGGAAAACGAGGACCCAGCCAGCCAGCCGGCCAUCUACCAAGGCAUGGGCUUGGAGCACAUGCUGCAGUCAUCCGUGCGCUUCAAGAAAGACUUCGAUGAUGUCUGCCAUAAGUUUGCGAAGCACAUUCAGGACAAUGGCUAUGACGUCUCUUUCAUGGCUGCCUCGAUCAAGUCCCUGGCCUCCGCGGCCAGCAAAGUCAACACCGAGUACCACGGCGAUUGCCGCCAGCUGAAGGACGUGGUGCGUGGCACGCUGGUCAUCAAAUCUGGCAAGGACGGCACUGCGCCCAGCGUUGCAGCCGGCUACGAGAUCCUGCAGAUGCUCGUGGAAGACGAGGGUCGCUUCCUGGAAUCCGCUAACGCGCGGUUUACCCGCUUCAGCGACCGCUAUCAGAAGCCUGUCGGAGCGGCGAAGUACCGCGACUGGUUGCUGCUCCUGAAAAUCGGUGACUUCGUCUGCGAGCUCCAAGUCAACUUCGAGCAAGCGGUGCAGGUGAAGGAAGAGGAGCAGCACCACAAAUACGAGCUGCAGCGCCUCGCCACGCGUAAGCUGCUGGAAUCGGCGAUGAGGAACGAUUAUGGCAUGGUCCACCUCCUGUUGGCCUCCAACGGCCUUCACGGCGAAAGCCUAGUGAAUGCACGCGACUGCCAUGGUUUCACCCCGCUCCACUACGCAGCCAGGCAUGGGAACGCUCUGAUGUUGGAGCUGCUUCUGGGGCAGGGUGCAAAUGUUCUCGCGCUCGACAGGGAUGGGCUGCCCCCGCUUCACCAUGCGCUGGCCAUGGUCCACCCUGAAGCCUGCCAGAAGUUUCUGACUGUUAUGGACGACCUGCCGAAAGAGCUUCUCAGGAAAGAGCCCCUCGCGAGCAAUCUCCAAAGCCUUUGGGGAUCUGCGUUGCAUUCGAACAGCGAAGCGAAGCAUGGCCUUGCAGGGAAGAUGGCUGAGGUGGCCAAGAGAGCCUACAGCACUCCGGCACAGCACCUGCAGGCCAUCGCCCGGAGUGGCGAUGUGCCGGCCAUGAGGGCGGCCUACAAGACCCUGCCGCAGGACUAUGUGAUCCUCGGGUGGGCAAGUGUCCCGUAUGAUUUUGUGGAGUGUGGGACGGUGUCGAUGCUCGAUCUCGCCAUCCUAAGUGGCUCUGCCGCCAUGGCCGCGAUGGUCGCAAAGCCAGACGACCACGGCGCACCGAAAAUUUACGAGGGUGACGACUACGUGAUUGACUUCCUUUUCCUGCACGAUGAGCCCAAACAGGUAGAGAGGCUGGUGAGGCAGGGCAAAGUCGCCCGGUUCCGUGCCCUGCACUCGGUCCACCCGCCGGACACCAGAAGGAUGGCGGAGCUUCUCGUCCUCGCUGCCGAGCACGACCAGCUGGAGAUGGCACACCAGAUCUGGACGCUCGGUGGAGGCGACUUAGCUUCGUCUCUGACAGAUGAGGAGAAAGAGAAGCUCGUGGGCUUGGGCAUGCAAGCAGCGGCGCUCGGCCACGAGGACUUCGUUCGCCUGCUGAUCGAGGCCGAGGCACCAAUCGACAAAAGGAUUAAUGACAACAGGAUGAUCGAGCAAGCGGCCCGCGCCGGGCAGACGGCCCUCGUGCAGCUUCUGGCAGAUGCAGGGGCGAAUAUUCGGCAUAGGGUACUCGACAAAGCUGUAGAGUUUGGACACUACGACACUGCAGAAACCCUGCUGAAGCGAGGUGCAAAUCCAAAGGAAAGCUGGGAUGACGGCAGCGGGUGUGACUCUGUGAUCGGCCAGGCGAUCAUCGAGAAUCGACCCGAGAUGCUCCAUCUGCUCGCGCAGUACGGCGCCGACACCUACACCGACGAGAAUUUGGAAUAUGCCGAGGAGAUGCAGGCGUUUGACUGCCUGGAAUUCAUGCGCCGCUCCCGGGAGGGGGCAUGCCCCGCGUAG